GGCAUAGAGGUGCUUUGGGACGCCUGCCUUCAGCCAGAGCACUUCUGCUUUGGGGAUGAGGCAGGUGGCUUGGAGCUCUCGCUGGGACCAGCACGGGAGAACUCCUAGUGAAGCUUCAGGAAGAUUUUUAGUGAGGUACCAUGGCUGAGUCAUUAAGUGAAGUAUCCAGCAAUAUGGAAGGUUUGGAAGCCUUGGAGGAGGGCCCAAGAGCGGCAUGGGCACCAAGUCUAUAUCCCAUGACAGUAUCUUCUGUAUGGAUCCUGAGCCUGAAAAAGCAGCAGGCAAGCUAUACUCUUCUCCAGUGCCCCAGAGAAGCAGAUCACUGAAGAGCUUCUCUGAACUGUCCUCGGAUCCUGAGCUAUUUCACUUUUCUGAAAGCAGCAGCCAGCUGCGCUGGGGUUUCGGCACUCCAGCCUCUUCACAGGGCUGCUUGGAUUCUUCAGCUGCUAAAGCCAAGAUAGCUUUAAGCCCCCGGAAGCAGCAGCAGCAGAAGUCCUCACCUCCCACAUCUCCAACUUUGUUUCAGGUGAAAGUAAAGCAGGAGGAGCAAGUCUAUUCAGUGCCAGGCAAAGAGAAGACUACAACCAAGACAAAACAACCAGAGCAAAAGGAGCAGAGACUGGACAGCACAGGACUCUCAAGCCAGGAGCAGAGCUACAAAACCGAGACUCAGGAGAAGACAGUAGAUGAGAUUCUACAUAUCGAAGACGCCGCAAGCUACUGUAUUUUAGGACUCAACCCAAGAAGACGUAGAAGAAGGGCCAAAAAUGAGUGGGGGAUCAUAGAAAGAGGCCUUCUAAAGUCCACUCAAGGGUAUAGCAUGAGCACUAAAGCUGAGUCCUCAGCUACUGAAGAGAUACCUGGCAUAGAGCAUUCUUUCUUGAAGCUAUUCCUGGAGAAGAAAGGCACAGGGCAGCCCACAACUACAGAAGCAGAAAUUACCAGUCUUCAGGAGAGGCCAUCAGAUAGAGGGAUUGUGGAGGGGGAAUUAGCCGACAUAAAUGUUGAAGCUCAAAGAGCACCAGCACCACAACCUAUAUAUGAAGAUGUGGCAGAGUCCGUGAUUAGUGGUCCAUCACCAUACUGUGAACAUGGGCCUUCUGAAGGCAAGAAGAAAAAGGAUAAAGCUGGUGUGUUGCCGUGGAUAAGAAAAUCUUCAAGCCAAGAAGAGAUCACUGUCUUGAGGAAAGAAGAGGCCCAAGUGCAUAUGCGUCCUUCUGAAGUCUGUGGAAAAGAGGAAGAAGCAUCCAGUACUGGUUUGCAGAGGUUUCAACCCCAGAUGGAGUUGUCCUUGGAGAGCACAACUUACCACAAAGAGAAGCAUCCAAAAAGUAGUUUCCGGGCCCUCUCUACAAGUGUUUCAAGUGUUACUACAGAAGAUGAUGCUUCUACACAGAUAACACCUCUCCCUCUCAGAAGGUGGCCAAAUGCCGGGGAAAUCUCCUCAGAUUCAAAGAGUACUUCAGAGUAUGAGAGUAGUUCUGAAGUGCAACUGGGACCUACACAUUCUUUCCAGCCUGCAAGGAAGCUUAAAGAUAAUGCUGGUGCUGCUGCUGAUAAAGAAGAUGGAGAUGAUGAUGAAGAGGAAGAUAAUGAUGAAGAAGAUGAUGUCUUCCUCAAAUCAGAAAAUGUAGGUGUGGGACUGAGCAAGAUGGAGAGGCAACAGCCCCUCAAAUAUUCUUCCCAGGCAUUAGGAAAACCGCAAGCCAGAGAAGCCUCUGCAGAAUUAGAGAGCUCUUCAGAAGAUGGGAGAAGUUGUGAGGAAAUGACAUCUGCCCAUUCUUCCCAGUCCUUGGAAGAGUUUGAAGAAUGCUCAGAAUCAAGAAGUUUCACCAAAGGUUCCAACUCUGAAGAGCAGCCAGCAGCAACCAGGUGCCAUUCCCAGGCCUUGCAGGUGUUGGAGGAAAAGGAAGUCUCCACAGAAUCAAGUAGUUACAUUGAGAAGUACCACAGUUCGGAGGAUCUGAGCAGCUUAGAUGAAGAACAGCGAGAGGUGUCCCUGGUUUCAAAGAGUGGAGUGCUAAAACAGUGGAGUGCUCCUGUCAAGCCCCUGCGCCCCAUGCACACUUCUGCACUCACUGUAAGUUCAACUACUCAGCAACAACCUCCCAUUAUGGUGAACAUUUCUGUAGGACCAAACAAAUCUGUAAAGCCACUGCUUCCCACCCACACUGCCAAGUCAGGGGUGAGACCUCAGUCUGAGCAUCAAGUGUUGGCAAAGCCAGAAGGCGUUGUUGCUGACUGGGACAUUUUUAUGCAGCCAGUGUCUCCUAGAAAGACUUUGAAGGGGUACCAUGUUGAUCAAAACGUCCCCUCCAGCUCGGACAUUGUAAACAUGGAAGAGGGGGGUUCUAAGGAGGCAGUGCUUCUCAGACAACAUUCUCAGCCCCUAACCAGGCCAAAACUUGAGCAAGAAGUUUCUGCGGGUUCAGAACUUACUGUUUUUGAAGAGAGUAUUGCUGCACAGCCUUCCGGAUAUCCUCUCCAGCCUUCAAUGAGACCAAACAUCAAGAAAGAACUACCGUCCGGUGCACACAGUGCUGCACUUGACUCUCCACCUUCUCAGCUACUAUUGAAGCCCUCCGUCCAUCAACAGGUAUCGGCUUUUGAAAGAGGUGUUUCUAUGGAUCCAAAGCUUCCAAUACAGUUCAAGCCACGGAUGAAGCCUCAAGGAAAGCAAUCAUCUUCAUCCACUCCAGAAAGCAUGGCAUUUGAAGGUAGCACUUCUAUGGACCCUAUGACUCUGACCCUUCCCCAGCCUUAUCAAAUGCCUUUAGAGUCUGAGACUGUUGCUGCUAAAAUGAUUUCCACAGGCCAACUGCACUCCAAAUAUUCUGCUCACACAUUACCAAGUCAUCAAAGCCAACCAGUCCCAGAAAGCGCCUCUGUAGAAGAUACCAUUUUAGUGGAGCUGCAGCCUCCUCAGCCUUCUGUGACACCCAAAUUCCAGCCACUGAUGACCCAAGAUCCAGUGAGCACUUCCUCUCAAUGGAGCAGCCCCAUGGAGCCAACAUCUGCUAAACACAUGUUCCAAACACAAGCAAACCCUAAAUUUAAGCAAGGCCCUGUAGGCUCAGAUAGCCCUGAGGCCCAAGGAAGCAUGUCUAUGCAGCCAGUUCCUCCACAGCCAUGGCUGAAACCUACCUUUGAGCAAAUAUCUGUACCCUCAGGCAGUGUUCCUGCUGCAUGGGCCAUUCCUAUUUAUUCACCAGCUCCCAGAAUGCCUUUGAUGGGACCAGUUGUCAAACAACCAGUCUCCAGAGGACCCAUGGACACAUCUGUACAGCAGAUCACCGCUGUAAAGCCAAAACCUUCAUGGUACUCUUUGCAGCCACGGCAAAACAUGCCACUUGAACAAGUCUCUGUAUCCCCAGACCAUGCUGCUGCUGCUGCUUCAUGGAGUGUUCCUAUUAAUCCACAUUCUCAGCCCUUGAUGGGAUCAGUUGUCAAGCAACCAACGUCCAUUGAGUUAGCAAGUGCUUCUGUGCCACAGAGCAGCUCUUUGGAGCCUUCCAGAUCCUCCUUCCAGCCAAGAGCAGAUCCAGAGCACUAUGUAGCAAAGGAAGAAGUUAGUACAUUGAGGAGGCCUAAAAGGCAGCAUUCUCAGCCCCCAGUAACCUCAGAAUUCAAGGAAGAAGUUUCCCCAGGUUCUCCGAGAGCUUCCAGAGAACAGAGCAUUCCUUUGGAGCUGAUGCCUCCCAAGUAUGCUCCUCAGCCAUGGUCGGGCCCUGAAUUUGAGCAGCAAGCCUCAAGUCUAGAAGGUGUUGCCAAAGAGGGGGAUGUUUUGAGGGAGGCCUGGCUUUCAGGACAUCCUUCCCAAACCAUUACCAAACAUAAAGUUGAGAAAUCACCCUCAAGCUUUGAGAGUACCUCUAAGGAGGGAGUCAUUCCUUGGAGGUCACUGCUUCCCAAAUGUUCCAAGUCAAGAAGAUCUAAAGUGCAGGAAAUGUCUUCGCGUCUAGAGAGUGCUAUCACUCAAGGCAGCUCCAAGAAACCACAGAAUAUCAAGGCACCUUCCCAGUCUUUUGUGAAAUUCAUGACACAGCAAGUAUUUUCAGAGAGUACUGCUAGUGAAUUGAACCUUUAUCCAAAGCUUGCUACUCGGAGCCGGAGGCGUCCUUCCAGAUCCCAAUUGAAGUCUAAACUCAUUGAUCAUAUUUCUUUAUAUAACUGGGAUGAUGAAACCAAAGAAGACUCCACAUUGAAGAAUCUGCCCAUGAAGCAGCCUUUUCAGUUAUCCAGAAGGCCCAAAGAGCCUCAAGAAGUUUUGCCACUUUCUGAGGGUGCCCCUGGGAAGUGGAGCACUUCUGCCGGGGAUGUCUCUCAGCCCCUGGGGAAGCUUAAGUACAAGAAGAAAGUCUCAGUUCCUGUCAGUUUUCCCGAUGAGUGGAAGAGGUCUAGAGGACAGCUGCCUUCCACAGAGCCUUCUCAAGCCUUCGAUGUAGCUGAGUUGCAGUCAUCACUUUUACCUGCGGACUCAGCCAAUGUUCCUGUGGUGUGGAAAAGUUCUGAGGGCCAUCAGUCUCCUCAGUCUUUCUCGAUUACUGACUACCAAGUUCAUGCAAAAUCUGCCAAAUCUGCUGCUGAAGGAACAGUUCCUGAGAAGAACACAGGCUGCUGGCCCAUGCUGAAAGGUCCACCUUCGACAAAAGAUGUGAAAUAUGGACAAGGCUACGGGGACAUCACUAAAAGCACCCCAACUUCUGUUAUCAAACCUGCCACAUUCGCUUCUGCUCCUGCCCAGAAACAAUUUGUUUCCAUGGACACUUAUUUUAAGGACGAGGUUCCUCAGUGUUAUGAUGUAAGUGGAAGUUCUUCACUCCCUUUCACCAGCAAGGCUGAUGUCGAGAAUGUUUUUGGAGUGCGGCUGCGAAGAACCUCAAAGGAGAUUGGAAUACAGAAUCCAGAUCCUUGCAAGCCAAUUGUCCCAGUUUCAUCAGCAGCAAGCAAAGAAGAGGCAAACAAAGGAGCUUUCCAGGGCUCAGAUGGAGGCCCAGAGAAGUCCAGCCCAGCACUUAGCCUUAAGGAGAAGCAAGGGAACAGGCCCAGAUAUGAAGGCACUUUGAAGAAGGCAGCAGUUUACAGGCCUCCAGAAAAGAUCUCUAGUCGGAAGGCAGAUUCUCCUAUGGAGCCAGGUUGGAUCACCAUGCUAAAACAGCGGCAAAGGGGCUUGGUAUCCCAGGUUCCCAAAAAACCCAAGACCAGAUUUGACAUUAGGACUGAGACCAAGGAACCUAGAUAUGAUACAAAAUAUCAAGCAGACUUGGAAAUCGUACCAAAGGAAUUUGAACCAGUAACUGAUAUCCCACAGAAGAUGACUUCUCUUUCCACUGUUGCCAGACAUAAGUUGCCACAGUUUAGGCAGACUACAAAAUCCGUUGCAUUUGAUGAUCAGACCGUGAUUUACUCAUAUACCAAGGAAAAAGAAAGCAGACGAUCUUCUAGUCUUCCACCCAGAUUUCCACAACCUGAGGAGCCUGAGUGGUUCUUAAUGGCCAAGAAGAAAGCCCAAGCAUGGAGCCAAAUUGCAGACGCCAUGCACUAAAUAGCUCCUGGAUGGAGCAUCAGCAUUUUCAGUAAUAAUUGCCUGUAACUAUGGUAAUUCCAUAUAAUAUUUUUUGCCAGGGCUAUUUUUUAUUGGGGAAAAUAACUUUAGAAAUAGGAAUUAACAUUUUUAAUUAUUCAGAUGAAAUAAACGCUAUUAAUGUCUAACCCUCAGUAACUCACUACCAACAUCCCAAGCCCAGCAUGCUCUCCCGCAAAGCUAUGCUACAGAAUUGUAAAAUUAUUAACUUUAGACAUUGUGCCUUUAAAGAACGAAAGCAACCAUAUUUUGCUUCAGCAACUUAAAGGUGGCCAUUUCCUUCAAUCAAAUAAUUUUAGUGGAAUGAUUCGGGUGAUUGAACCUAGGGAAUGGAUGUACUUUUUCUACCAGGCAGGUGGCAAAUUCACUAGUUAGACUGUGUAUCUGCUGCCUCUGGAGAGUGACUUUCCUCUCUGGCUCCAGGCUUAGGGCAGAGAACUCUGUGUAACUCAGAGUCUUAGAUAAUUUUCCUAUUGCUGUAAUAAAUUCUCUGAUAAAAUCAACCUAAUGGAGAAAGAGCUUAUUUUUGGCAGAAUUCUAAUGUAUAUUCCAUCACUGCAGGGAAUUCCUGGCAGCCAGAACUUGAGGAAGUUAGUCACAUUGCUUUUCCAGGCAAGAAAUGGAAAGUAAUGAAUUCUAGUCCUCAAUUUACUUUCUCCCUUUAAUAUACAUAGUUCAGGAUCCAAGCCUAGUGAAUAGUGUCACCUAUGGUGGGUGGGUUUUCCCUACCUUAAUUAACCUUUUCAUUUUUAAAUUCUCCACAUUUAUUCUAUCUCUCAGUCUAGCAAACAUUAUAAGAAUGCCACCUUUAGAUGCCUUAACAGUAAACCUAGGAUCAUUUUUCCUAAAUCCAAAGGACAUCUACUUCUGUCACUUGGUGUUUGCUUUGCUUAAAAAGAAAUGCAGUCUUGAGCAUCUAUGUUGGAUGCCUCUAUGUUCAAAACCAAGUCUAGAGAGGCAAUGAGAUUCUAUAGCUAGCUUAAGUAACUGGUGCUGGGUCUUUGCUGAUGAUGGUAUGAUGAGACACUGUACAACGACAUGCUGGAUUUUUUCCCUUUAAUCUAGAAAACACCUCUUUAUUUUAAUCCUCUAGUUUUUCCCUUUUCAAUAAUGUUAAGGUUUUCACUGACUGGAUUUCAUUCCAUAUAUAAUAACCAUAGUGAAUAAUUUGUUUAUAUAAAUGCCCUUAACAUACAUAGUUCUAGUAUAUCAGCUCUAACACUUCCCUUCCCCAUUUUUACCUAUACCUCCAUUACAUCAUUCUCACUAUGAGAACUCCCCAUGAAUAAUAUUUCUCCCAUUACUAAGAAAACUCAGUUUUUAAUCAUAAUGUUAAGUUUUUUAGUGCUUAGAAAUUUAUUCUGAUAAGUUUUCUUUUUUUCUUUUUAGUUUUCUUUGUUUUUGAUUAAUGCAAAGCAAAUAAAUUCAAUAAAGGUUGUUCUGUAGUC